GUUAGUUUUCUACAUCUUCCAGCAUAUAUCAGUGAUGAUGAAAUAAAAGAAAAACUUGAAAUUCUUGGUGUUGAUUUAGUAUCCCCAAUAAAACGACGUUUCUACAAAGGAACAAGUGUAGCGGAUGGAACAAGAUAUGUACGUGUAAAGCUACCCCCUAGUUUGAAAUCAUUGCCAUACACUAUGAAGUUUGGCAAGGAAUAUCAUCGUGUAAUACAUGACAAUCAGUUAAAAGUGUGCUCACUGUGCUAUUCUGAUCAACACCUUUUCAAAGACUGUCCCCAGUUUGUUUGUUUUACAUGUGGUGGUCAAGGACACUUCCGAAAAACCUGUAAAACGCAGCCGUGUACUCGCUGUGGCGAGGUGAGGUAUGCAUGUGAUUGUGUGCGUGCAGCCAGGUGUAUCGAUACACUGUGUGACCGAUGCGGUGUGUAUAACUGCAGGUGUUUUGACACGGAGGCCAAUCGUGACGACAGUGAAUUGGUCGGUGAGGAGGAGUCGGCAGACGACUGGGUUGAGACGGAAGGGAAGGGACCCUCUGAUGACUGUGUCAGUGUUGCUGCUGAGGCUGAUAAUGAAGAUGCUGAUAUGGUGAUGGAUUCCAGAAGUGAAGACGGUGGUAUGGCUCCUGUGGUGGAGAUUAGCAGCGCUGUUGAUGAGGAACACACCUGUGAGAAUCUCGAAGUUAGUUUGACUGCUGAGUCAUUAACUGAUGAUGAUGAUGAGGAUGAUGUUAGCGAUGAUGAUGAUAGUGAAGAAGGAAACUACGCGGAAGGUAUUUGGAGUCAGACAGACGUCAUUUUGAGUGAUGAGAGGCCGAACGUUUGUGGUUCUCCUGUAUACGGCGAUGUUUUUCCUCUCCAAGGUCAUGGUCUCAAAGACAGCUGACUCUACAUGGAAG